AUGGCAAUGUCUCGAAGGACACUCGCGCUCUUCAGCAGUGCAUUCGCGGUGCGGUUCGCGCUACUUCUCUACGGUCAUUUCCAGGAUCUGUAUAUGGGUGUCAAGUAUACGGACGUAGACUACGACGUGUAUACUGACGCAGCCCGGGAGAUCACGGAUGGUCAUUCGCCUUUUGAGCGCACGACGUAUCGGUAUACUCCAGUGCUAGCUUUUUUGCUACUACCGAACAUUUACGUGCAUCAAGUAUUCGGAAAGGUGCUAUUUGUGGGCUGCGACCUGCUCGUCGGAUAUGUUUUGUACCGAAUCUUACGACUCAGAGGACUACCAGAUACAGACGCUGUUAAUUACUGCUGCGUGUGGCUCUUUCACCCGUUCUCGAUAAAUAUCUCGACGCGAGGUAAUGCGGACUCUAUUGUCGUGCUUCUGGUGCUGCUGUCGUUGCUGCUGAUCAUGCGCAAGCAAGUCGUGCUGUCAGCUAUUGCAUAUGGUGCUGCCGUCCACUUUAAGAUCUUCCCUAUCGUCUAUGCUCUGGCUUUCCUUGUGUUUCUCAAUGGUGACUUUACAGCAGUAAAACAUGUCGAGCUGGCUUCAUCGGGCAACCCGUUGCUCCGUCUUUGCAUACUGCAGCUGAAUCGUGGCCGCUUGACUUUCGGUCUCGUCAGCGGUGGACUGUUCCUCUUUCUUGCAGCCGGGUGCUAUUAUCUCUACGGAUACCAGUGUCUGCAUGAAGCUUAUCUUUACCAUUUCACGCGCACCGACAACCGCCACAACUUCUCGCUGUACUUCUACAGUCUUUAUCUCCGGUACAACACUCCGUCGGGCUUUGGAGUCGGCCUUCUUGCUUUCCUACCUCAGCUGACGUCACUCGUCGUGAUAUCGUCUGCAUAUGGUCGCGACUUACCCUUCGCGCUAUUUGCGCUGACCAUGGUCUUCGUCAUAUUCAACAAGGUGUGCACGGCACAGUACUUCUUGUGGUACAUCGCCUUCCUACCUCUCGUAUUCCCGCAGACAAGCUUGAGGUUCAAGUGGAAGGGCAUGGCGAUGAUUGCAGCGUGGCUUGGAAGCGAGCUUCACUGGUUGUUCUGGGCGUACCAACUGGAGAUGCAAGGCGUUAACACCUUUUUCUCUCUCUGGGUGGCUGGCCUCAUCUUCUUCUCAGUGAAUGUCGGUAUUCUAGCCGCACUAAUGCGCUGCCACUCGUUCACACCCUUGUUUCGCAACGACGCACUCCUUCAGUUGGUGUCAAGUAGCCGAGCUAAACUCGUCACUUGA